GCGGGCACCGUGUCAUCUGGCAAGGCAGUGGGCACCGAGUCACCAGGCACGACAGUGGGCUCCGAGUCAACUGGCAUGACCACGGGCACUGGGUCAGCCAUUGGAUCAUCUGGCUCGACAGCGGGCAUCGGGUCACCAGGCAUCAGGUCAUUUGGCUCGACAGCGGGCACCGCGUCAUCUGGCAAGGCAGUGGGCACUGAGUCACCAGGCACGACAGUGGGCUCUGAGUCAAUUGGCACGACAGCGGGCACCGGGUCAUCAGGUACCAGAUCGUCUUGCUCGACAGCAGGCACUGGGUCAUCUGGCAUUGGAUUGUCUGGCUCGACAGUGGGCAUCGGGUCACCAGGCAUGACAGCGGGCACUGGGUCAUCAGGUACCGGAUUGUCUGGAUCGACAGCGGGCAUCGAGUCAACUGGCAUAAUAGGAUCAUCAGGCUGGAUCAGUUCAUCAGGCUGGACAUCAGGCUGAAUGGAGGCAUCAGGCUGGGUAGAGGCAUCAG